GCAGCAGCGACAGCGGCAGCAGCAGCAUUGUCGCGGGGAGCAGACCGCAGCCAGCCGCAGUGGGCACCGCAGCCGCGCCAGCCUUGCGCACAGCAUCCCGAGAGCGCGCUGAGCGCGGGGACCCGCGGACCAUGCCGUGUCACUGCGACCGGGAGGGGGGCAGGCGCGCUCCUUUUUGACAUAAAAGCCAGCCGGCCAAAUAGAUUUAUAUACAUAUAAUUCCGCCCUUCACGGAGCCGGUGUGCGAAGCGUGAGCUCUAUUUCCCUCUUCCUCCUCCUUCCACUUCUCCUCCUCCCCUUCCUCCUCCUCGCCCUCCUCCUCUUUCUCCUCCCCCUCUCUAAGUGUACAGACUGCACCCUACCACCUGGUUGGCUUCUGACAAACGGGCAUCUCUCCCUUUUUAGGGACCAGGGACACAGAGAAAGAGAGAGAGGAGAGAGACAAGGGACAUUCUAAUGCAGACUGCCUGAUACUCUACCCCCGCCCCAAAUAAUAAUAAAUUUUGGCUCUUGUCCCCUCCUCCAACCCCCACCCCCUCAAGCUUGUGUGAGAUGUUGGGUUUCUUCAGGAGACACUGCUGAGAAGUCGCAGAGGUUGGGGAGGCGUAGGGGGGGGUGGACUCCCUCUACCUCCACUCCUUCCCUCCCCCUUUUUUCUUUCUGGGAGGAGGUGGAGGAGGAGGAGGGGAAGGGGGGUUGCAGAGCAAGCUAUGGAUGAGGAGAACAUGACGAAAAGCGAAGACCAGCAACCUCUGAGUUUGCAAAAAGCCUUGCAGCAGUGCGAGCUGGUUCAAAACAUGAUCGACCUGAGCAUCUCCAAUCUGGAAGGGCUUAGGACGAAGUGUGCAGCUUCCAACGACCUCACGCAGAAGGAGAUCAGGACCCUGGAGAGCAAGCUGGUGAAGUACUUCAGUCGACAGUUGUCCUGUAAGAAGAAGGUGGCCCUGCAGGAGCGCAAUGCCGAACUGGAUGGCUUCCCCCAGCUCCGUCACUGGUUCCGGAUCGUGGACGUGCGGAAGGAAGUCCUGGAGGAGAUCUCCCCUGACCAGCUGAGCUUGGAGGACCUCCUGGAGAUGACCGAUGAGCAGGUGUGCGAGACCGUGGAGAAGUAUGGAGCCAACCGGGAAGAGUGCGCCCGGCUCAACGCCUCGCUCUCCUGUCUCAGGAAUGUGCACAAAUCAGGAGGGAAUCUCUCCAAACAAGACUGGAUCAUCCAGUGGCCCACCACGGAGCCAGGCCAGGAGACCAACCCUGUGUGUCCCCCGGAGCCCAGCCCGUGGAUCCGAACCCGCCUCUCCCAGAGCCCCAGGGUCCAGUCCAAGUGUCCCCAGCACUUCUGUCACACCAGCCCUACGCCUGGGGCCCCUGUAUACACCCACGUGGACAGACUCACUGUAGAUGCCUACCAGAGCUUGUGCCCGCCGCCGCCCCUGGAAUCAGGUCACCGCUCCCUGCCCCCGUCACCCCGGCAGCGGCACGUAGUCCGCACCCCACCUCGCACCCCGAAUAUUGUCACCACCGUGACCCCGCCUGGCACACCACCCAUGAGGAGAAAAAACAAGCUGAAGCCUCCGGGGACUCCACCCCCCUCCUCUCGGAAGCUCAUCCACCUGAUCCCUGGUUUCACAGCGCUGCACAGGAGCAAAUCCCAUGAGUUCCAGCUUGGGAACCGCGUAGACGAGGCCAACACGCCCAAAGCCAAGAAGAAGAGCAAACCCUUGAACCUCAAGAUCCACAGUGGCGUGGGCAGCUGCGAGAACAUCCCUGCCCAGCAGCGGUCUCCGCUCCUGUCCGAGCGCUCCCUGCGGUCCUUCUUUGUGGGCCACGGCCCCUUCCUGCCCUCCACCCCGCCCGUCCACACUGAAGCCAAUUUCUCUGCAAACACACUCUCUGUACCUCGAUGGUCGCCACAGAUCCCACGCAGAGACCUUGGCAAUUCCAUCAAGCACAGGUUUUCCACCAAGUACUGGAUGUCUCAGACGUGCACGGUCUGCGGGAAAGGGAUGCUUUUCGGCCUCAAGUGUAAAAACUGCAAGUUAAAGUGCCACAAUAAAUGCACCAAAGAAGCCCCGCCCUGUCACCUCCUGAUCAUCCACCGAGGAGACCCAGCAAGGUUAGUGCGAACGGAGUCCGUCCCCUGUGACAUCAACAACCCUGUCCGGAAGCCUGCCCGAUAUUCCGAUCUCCACAUCAGCCAGACGCUCCCUAAAACCAACAAAAUCAACAAGGACCACAUCCCUGUCCCCUACCAGCCAGACUCCAGCAGCAAUCCCUCCUCCACGACGUCCUCCACGCCCUCCUCACCGGCACCCCCCCUCCCUCCCAGUGCCACGCCGCCUUCUCCCCUGCACCCCUCCCCGCAGUGCCCGAGACAGAAAAAGAACUUCAACCUGCCAGCUUCCCACUAUUACAAAUACAAGCAACAGUUCAUCUUCCCAGAUGUGGUACCUGUACCAGAGACGCCCACCCGAGCACCCCAAGUCAUCCUGCAUCCUGUCACCUCGAAUACCAUCUUGGAAGGGAAUCCGUUACUUCAAAUUGAAGUGGAACCAACCUCCGAGAAUGAAGAGGGCCACGACGAAGCAGAGGAAUCUGAGGAUGAAUUUGAAGAAAUGAACCUGUCCCUCCUCUCAGCCCGGAGCUUCCCACGCAAGGCCAGCCAGACCAGCAUCUUCCUUCAGGAGUGGGACAUCCCGUUUGAACAGCUAGAGAUCGGCGAACUCAUCGGGAAGGGCCGCUUCGGGCAGGUUUACCAUGGACGCUGGCAUGGCGAGGUGGCCAUCCGGUUGAUUGACAUAGAGAGGGACAAUGAGGACCAGCUCAAGGCCUUCAAGCGGGAAGUGAUGGCCUACAGGCAGACGAGGCACGAGAACGUGGUGCUCUUCAUGGGAGCCUGCAUGAGCCCACCCCACUUGGCUAUCAUCACCAGCCUCUGUAAGGGACGGACACUCUACUCUGUGGUGAGGGACGCCAAGAUUGUCUUGGAUGUCAACAAAACCAGGCAGAUCGCACAAGAGAUUGUUAAGGGCAUGGGCUACCUCCAUGCCAAGGGCAUCCUUCACAAGGACCUCAAGUCGAAGAAUGUCUUCUACGACAACGGUAAAGUGGUCAUCACAGACUUCGGGCUCUUCAGCAUUUCCGGGGUGCUGCAGGCUGGCAGGCGGGAUGACAAGUUGCGGAUCCAGAACGGCUGGCUGUGCCACCUAGCCCCAGAGAUCAUCCGCCAGCUGUCCCCUGACACAGAAGAGGACAAGCUCCCGUUCUCCAAGCACUCGGAUGUCUUUGCACUUGGCACCAUCUGGUAUGAGCUCCAUGCCAGGGAGUGGCCAUUCAAGACCCAACCAGCAGAGGCAAUAAUUUGGCAGAUGGGCGCAGGAAUGAAACCCAACCUCAGCCAGAUUGGCAUGGGAAAAGAAAUCUCGGACAUACUGCUCUUCUGCUGGGCCUUCGAGCAGGAAGAGCGGCCCACCUUCACCAAGCUCAUGGACAUGCUAGAGAAACUGCCAAAGCGGAACCGGCGUCUGUCGCACCCUGGACACUUCUGGAAGUCUGCAGAGCUGUGACCAUGGACAUUGGCCAGCAUCAGCUGCCUCACCCCCAAACCACCUCUGUCCCUCUGCUCUGCCCUCUGCCAGCUCAGGAGGCCCAGGCUCACCAUCAGGGAGUCCUGACACCGCUCAGCCUGGGAGACCUGCGUGACGGACAACGUUGCAGAGGCUGUCCACACCUUCGACUUGUACCCCGUUACUCAGGCAGGAUCAGGGACCACUGAACUAGGAUCAAACUGGGCCAGAGAGGGUCCCGAGCAUGGCGUGAAGAGCUGCAGACUGAGCACAACACCUCUGGGCUGUGGGGACCAAGACACACGCCCUGGGGGCAGACGCGGACUCACACGCUGGACCAGUGUGCGUGCGUGUGUCUACACGUGGACGGGGCCAGCUACUUUCCUUCCGCCGGGAUGAGCCAGCUAUGGAGUGCCCCAGCCAUGCUAUCCUGGAACAUAGGACAGGGAACCAGAAACAACACACCUGCUCCGUUGUCAAGGCUCCCAGGCCAAGGUCAGGGUAGGGAGGGGGUAGGCUGAGCUUGCAAACAUCUGUUUUCAGAGGCCCCAUUCCAAGCUGGAAGUGACUGGUAGCCGCCAAGCACGCAAUUCCGAAGGACAGUAGGCAGUCCUGUGUGUCUUUGUAGCACAGAGCCUCUCUGAGGACCAGUCCCUGGCCUUCACCCUCCUCCUGUUUUGUAAGAACAUUGUUCUAAAUCACCUCUGCCCACACUAUCCCGGGCACCUGGAGAACACCAUAGCGUCUCAGCUGACAUGACAUCUGGGGGCCCUUGACAGUUCACCAUCAUCCAUGGCUCCCCCAAAGUCUGAGUCCUGAGAACGGGAGCUGUGACGAGAGAGGUCUAGUGAGUUUUCUCUGUGGCGCUAGCACUGCUGGGGUUAAGUUCUCCCACCAUGAUGGAUGCGGUCCUGGGUGUGCGUGAUGGGUUACACGGGCGUGCGUGUAACUGUUUACAACGGUCUCCCUGCCUCUCACCGGCUGUGUUCCUUGUCAGGGAGGUGAGGGGAGAAUACACAGAGAGGUUCCCAAGGUCUCUGCCCUCGCCUGGUGCUGAAUCCUGAGUGGUUUCCCCACUGAGGACCCUGGGACCCUGGGACCCUCCCUUACUGUGC